AUGAGUAUUAGUCUGUAAAAUUAUACUUAAAUUCUGUUGCCGUUUCGUGAAUCAAAAAGGACAGAAAUUAUCAAAUCCGCAUAUAAUCCUCAAGCAAAUACAAAUAAUCAGGGCUUAGGUGCAGGAAGUGCAAACGGAACUUCUGAAGAAAGAAAAAGCAAUUAAUAAAAUAAUUAAAAUAAAACAUAAGUGUAUUAGAAGAAGCCGAAAUUACUAGUAUGUAAUGACUAUUUAGCUAAAAGAGAAGACAGUACAUUAAUUAAACAUUAUAUAAAUCAUAUAAUUAUAUAAUAGCUAGAAUUAUUUCCUUCAUUAGGAACAUAAUUUAGAAGGACUCCAUAUUAAUAUACCAAGUAUAAUGAAAGAAUGGGAGCUUUCAUGAAAGCUUUAUAGGAUCACAUUGCAAAUGCUCCAAAAAUCUUUGAUGAAUUAAAAGAAAAUCUUUUUGAUGAGAACCCAUCUUUAAAAAAUAUAAAUGCCAAUACUUAAGAAUACAUUUUAAAGCAUCCAAUUAAAAAAUAGAUUUUUUCUAUUGGUGAAAUAAUAGAUGAGGUUACUGAUAGCUCUUUUUAAAAUAUAAUUUAAGUUUUGGAUUACUAUAAUUUAAGAAACCUUAAUCCUGCUGUGCUAAGUGUAUGCUAUGCAAAUAUGAGAGUUUUAGAAAAGAAUGGAGGAACUGUGAAUGAUGUUCCUAAAUUGUCUUUUAUUUAAUUAGGCUUAUAAAAAUAAGAAUUAAAUAAACAUUUAAUUUUUUAUAAUGCUUUCUAGAAUUCAUAAUUUAAUCAAAAAAAAGAUUAAUUAACCAACAUUUAGUAUAUUAGUAUGUACCAUUAAGAAAAUACUAAGAGUGAAGAUAAUUAAUAAUCCUCUGAUACUUCUCUAAAAAUGGAAGGUAAUGAAACACUUGAGCCAAACUCAAAUUGUUUUGAGAUUGCAAUUAAUGAGUAUCUUAACAAAUAAGAUGGAUCAAAUGCUCAACUUGAUGAUCUUUUCAUUAAAAAUGAGUAAAAAUGCCCUAAAAUUAUUGGUUAAAGCGAGUUUUUGUACCUUUUUGAAUAGGUUUUGAGGCUUGUAAGACAUCACAAACCAAAUUAUAUAAUUUUUUCAUAUGAUUUUUCUUUAACAAAAUCUCAUAACCACUAUUAUAAUUUAAAACCAGAUGUUUUAGGAUAUUUCAGUUACAUGCUUUCUUAAAUUUCUAAUAAUCAUGUAUUAUUUGUAGCAAAUACUAAAGACGAAAAUCACCUUUUCCCAAAACAAUUAGAGUAGCUUAGCUCUUAAUAAGAAGUAGGUGUAACUUAAUAAAAAUUUGAAGGGCUUGAUUCCUUUGAUAAUACAACCAAUUACCUUUCUAUUUCAAAAGUAAAAGAUCUAUCAAAAAUUGAAGAAAAAGAUGGCGUAUAUUAAAAUUCUAGUGAAGACGCAAAAGAUAUUGAUAAGACAAGCUCAUAUAAUUAAAAUUAGAAAGCUAAUUUAUUUGAUAAAAGUGAGGUUUUAGUUUAAAAUAAUAAUAAUAUUAUUUAAGAAUCUCAAACUGAUAAUAUAACUAUUCCAUUCAAAAAUUAAUAAAAAAAAAAAUUUGUUUUUUAUACAAGUGACUCUACAUAGUAAACAGUAACUAGUAUAAAUAAAUUAGCAAGUUGGAUGAAAACGGAGCCAUCACAAACUGCGUAUUAAAAAUAUUUAACAUAUUGUUAUGAUAAAUUCUAUUGUAAUAAUUUUAGUUAAGAUGAAAAAAGAAAGUAUUUAGUUCAAAAACUUCUUUUAAUAAACAAAAAUUUAUACCAAAAUAUACAAGAACAGUUAAAUUCAAUAUUUUUUAGUCUAUUCGAAACUAUUAAUUAUAGAAAGAUUAUAUUGAAGUAAAAUUUAAAAACAGCUAUCCAUGUAUAAGUCUAAUUUAUGAGUAGUAUUACAGAAUAAAUAAGAAGAUCAGUUAUGCCUAGAAGAUCAUAUUCCAACUAAGAAUAGCUGAAAGGAGUUUAAAAGGUAAAAUGGACCCUUCAGCAAAUAAAAAUUCAUGAUUAUAUGAAUAAGAUUAAACAAAUUAAGCACAUUAUUGAUUUUGUAUCUCACUCAAACGGUGAAAAAGUGAAUCUCCUAUAGAAAUUUUCAAAACAAAAUAAAUACACUGAGGUUCCAAAAGGCGAAGGGAUAGAAGAAGAAAUAAAGGCUAAUUCUGAAUCUAUGAUAAUAAAUGUUAUGCAAAAAUAUCCUUAAAAUUCUGAAAUGUAUGCUUAAACGUUGGUAAGUGAGUUAAAACGAAAUGAAUUCGAUAAGCUCUAUAGUGACCAAUUAAAAGUAAAAAUUAUGCUUAAAAGGUACACUCAAGCCCUCCUAAAUAAUUGGGUUUAUGAUUUGAGACGUAAAAAAAAAAUUUACCUCCAUAUCUUAAAUCUAUAAGAUAGAGUAGAUUAAGAGUUGAAAUUCUUCUACACAGAACAUAGUUAAUAUGUGAUUGAUUAUGACUACGACAGCUAAAAUAGAGAUCAAAGUAGUAGUAAAAUAGCAAUUUACUUUUUUAAUGUUUAGAGAGGUAAGCACUUUAAAAAUUAUGUUCUGACAGAGUAUAGAGAAAAUUAAUUUAUUUAAGAAGAAAUUAAAUACUCUGUGCAAAAAGUUUUAGAUGUAAAUUGGAAGAGCACCCAGCCUUUAAGUAGUGUAUCAUCAUAAAACACACUUCAUUUAAUAACUGGCAAAUCUUAAUAAGGUGAUACAACUAGACCAAUAAUCAAUUUAUAAAAUUAGUUAUCAUCAUAAGAUGGAGUUACAGAUAAGUUUUAAGUAGGUAACUUUAUUUAAAAUGGCUAGUUUGAAGGAUACAUUCAUUAAGAGAGUUUAUUAGAUUUAGAAAUUUUCAAUUCAUCUCUAUGUAUUACUGAUUAAUUUAUUGUUAAAAUGUUUGGAGAGGUUAUCAAUCCUACUACAUGGAAGUAAAAAGAGUUUUCAAAGAUGAUAUUUAUUGUACCACGUAAGCAAAUAAGUAAUUAUCCUGAUCAAAACGAUUAAUAAUUGUAAUUGAAGCUGCUUGAACCUUACUCAUAAGAAAAUUUCAUUUUUAAUUCACUUCCGAGAUCUGGAUGUGUAUGCGUCUACUAAAAAGAGGAUAAAAUUGAAAAAAUAUAUGUGUUUGGUGGUAUUUCAUAUAACGGCUAUUUAUGCAAUUUUAUUGAAGAAUAUGCUGUGGAUAAUAGAUAAUAAUAGUUAUUGUUUUUAAAAGUUAACUAUAAAAAAUUAUCUUAAAAGACUUUCCGUCCUCUCUUUUCUCCUUUUACUUUUACUUAUAAGCAGCACGUUUACUUUUUAGGAGGUGAAAUUGAUAAAAAUCUCAUACUAAGAGGAUUUAAUUAAGUAUACCUCCAGCAAUACAGCUUUAAAGAAUCUCAAUUCAAAUUAGUUUAAACACUUAAAAGAAAAGAAAUACCAUCAAAAUUAAAUUUAACAAAUAUGGAUUAGAAACUGCACUAAAAAGAAUUUUUGAAAUUUGCAGAGAUCAUUCCUUUCUAAGCAGUUAAUUUAAAUGCAUUUUAUGACGAAAAUAAUCAAAUUUAAUGGUUUGCUUUGUUGGGAAAAUGCAAUUCUGCUAUAGAGUAAAUUUUAGAAAAAACAACUACGAUAGAAAUACAGCUUCAAAAUUUGGUAGAAUCUCUUGAUCCAAACAAAAAAUUAAUGAUAGAAAAGAAUAUAAGAAUUGAAACUACCUUAGAAGAUGAAACGCAACAGGAACUUAGACUAAAUGAAUACAAUAGCUCUAAAACUUUCUUUUUGUCAUCUUUUUAAGCUGACUAAUCUUCAUUUUUAGCCACUUAAAAUAAAACAAAUGAAUAGUAAAAGUAGCCAUAAGCUAAUUCUUAGCCUGCCGAAGGUUCAAAUUAACAUUAGAAUUAACCUACUAAUAAAAAUAGCUAAUCAACAGCUUCAAAUAUUAAAAGUGAUGAUUAAACAAAAAAAGAUAGCUUGACUAAGGAUAUUGAACAAAAAACAAAAAUAAAUAAAAAUAUUCUUGCUUAAUAAGAAGAUAAAACAUUAAUUUAGAAGGCACAUUAAAAAGAGAAAUAAUAAGAAAAAGUUUAACUUGAAGAUAGUUAAAAAAUGUUAGAUGAAAGCUCAUCUAUAAAAAAUAAGGAAGAUCCUAUUAAUAAGUUAGAAUAAUAGGAUGUCUAAAAUGUUAAAGAUACUAAACACAAGAAUUUUAAAGAUUUAGUUGAUAAAAUUAAUUUUAAAUCAAAAGGUUUACAGUUUGAAUCUUAAAUUAAUCUAGCUGGAUGUCAUGAAAACACAGGAAAAGCUUCAUAUUUAAAUCCAGUUUAAUAGGAAUACUACUUUAUUUAAGAUGAUAAAUAAAUCCCAAAAUACUUCCUUGUUUAAAAUUAUUUUAGUAAAUUAAUUAACAUUCUAACUGGGGAUAACACUUAAAAUCAGUUUUAAAUUGUACAAAAAUUUUAACUGACUAUCAGAUUUAACGAUGAAGACUUUAAGGACUCCCUGCUAUCUAAUUAAAUGCAUUUUCUUACAUUCCAUUUCAAUAUGGAUAGGAAGGUAUGCAUAUUUUACAAAUCUCUAUCACUUGAAGAGUACACAGAACUCUCGUAAUCUUAUCCUAAUUUCAGGUUCUAUAAUUCUGUCUUUAAAUGUUAAGUUAGAUUUGAUUAAAAUAAGUUGAGUAUGCUCAAUUUAUAAGAUGAAGGAAUAGAGACUAUAAACGAAAAUUUAGUUAAUAGAUAUAUUAUAUGUGAUUAGGAAUAUAUUUAUUUAAUCAACGGAACAGACUACAAAGAUCCUAAUAUUCCAUACAAUAAACUAUCUCCAUGCGAGCGUGUCAAUAUAAAAACAAAAAUAGCUGAAAAAAUUGAUGAUUGCAUUUAUUUAGAUUGUAAAAAGUCUUAUAUUCUCUAAAAUAAUAGCUAUAUAUUUUACAUAGGAUUAUAUGAAAAUUAAGAAGAUUUCGGAACUGAGGAUGAAAAAAUAGAAUCUGAAAAAGAAGAACAAAGUGAAGAAAGCGAAGAUGAAGAUGAUGGAUAAUCUGAAAAAUUGAUUGUGUAAAUUUUUGAUAAGAAAUAAAAAGUAUGGAAAGUAAUAAGAUUAUCUUAGUGCAAAGAAAUUAAUAAUAAAUUCUUAAAUUUUACCUUUUUAUUGGGAAAUUAAGAUAAUAAGUUAUUUGCUAUCAACACUAAAUUUUCCAUUAAAAAAAAAGAAACAAUUGCAAACCAUGAAUUAACUUUUGACUUAAACAGAUGUAGCUGCAUUGAAGAGAUCCUGCAUCUCCCCUUCAAUUGGAAAUCAUAAAAAUCAGUUGAUAUUAUUAGAUCGUUAUAUUACUCUGCAACAGCCUAUGCUAUGUUACCAACUAAUCCUGUUACCUAUUCAAAUAUAUCUUUAAUUCCUAAAUUAUAUAGUAAAAAUUGA